AUGAAGGAAUUGGGUGUCGGUAUGGUUCUACGCAAAAUGGGUAACAGUGUCAGCCCCACCGUUGAACUGAAGAAGGAUGGUGAUAAUUACUCUUUCACGACUACCUCAACCUUCAAGACAACUACGGUCAACUUCAAGCUGGGCGAGGAGUUCGAUGAAGAGACACUUGAUGGUCGCAAAGUGAAGAGCGUCUUCACUCUGAAUGGCAACAAAUUGGUGCAAGAACAGAAGGGUGACAAACCAUCGACCAUUAUAUUAUUCGCAGUGUGCUACAUGCGAAGUUCAAAACAACAGUAA